AUGCAACGGUUCAACGCAGAUAAAGAGAACCGUGUGGCAAGUGCUACCACUAGUUACUCACAGCGUACACUGCACUCAUCUCGUUAUUUAAAACCUGGCACGAUUACCACAGCAGGCGCGAUGAAGCGACCACAUAAUCAAAUCGACAGCACACGAUACCCACGUAAAGCGGGUGGAGAACGAAUGGCUCCAUCUCGACGACCGCAUGAUGAUGUAACUUUGUCUCAAAUGAGCUCGUAUGUCAGUGAAUCUGGAUCAACUUAUUACAAGCCAACGACUAAUUUGGUUAACAAGACCUCUGGACACACGUGGAAGUUAAGUGACUUUGAUAUUGGUAAACCACUGGGCAAAGGCAAAUUUGGCAAUGUAUACUUAGCUCGGGAGAAACAGUCCAAGUAUGUGGUGGCACUUAAAGUGUUAAACAAGCAGCAACUCAUGAAGUCCAGCAUGGAGCAUCAGUUACGUCGCGAGAUUGAAAUCCAGUCACAUUUGCGUCACAAAUCAAUACUGAGACUAUAUGGCUACUUUUACGAUAGCAAAAGGGUCUAUCUUAUUAUCGAGUACGCACCGCAGGGAGAGCUUUACAAGAAGCUUACGCGAGCUGGACGUUUCUCUGAGAAACAAUCGGCCUUGUAUAUUCAGGAAAUGGCACAUGCCCUUAUCUAUAUGCAUAGCAAACACGUGAUUCAUCGCGACAUUAAACCCGAGAAUCUACUUGUUGGCUUUAAUGGAGAGCUCAAGAUUGCAGAUUUUGGGUGGUCCGUACACGCGCCAUCUUCAAGACGUACGACGCUUUGCGGCACUCUGGAUUAUCUUCCACCUGAGAUGAUUGAAAACAAACCCCACGACGAAAACGUGGACGUAUGGACACUUGGUGUCCUCAUGUACGAGUUCCUGACAGGUGCACCUCCUUUUGAGACUGAGAACACCAAGGAGACGUACCGCCGCAUUGCACAUGUGGACCUUAAGUUUCCGAGCUACAUGUCCGCUGACGCUCGAGACCUAUUAACAAAAAUCCUGCGUCACGACCCGCAGCAACGCAUGGCACUCGAGCGUGUAUUGGAGCAUCCAUGGAUCCUGGAGCAUUGCAAAACGUCUAGCGCCUAG